UUGACGACACGCGUUCACGCAUGCGCGUACGCGAUACCGGGGGCACCAAAUCGCGUCACGAGCACCAGUUGCAUUCGCCACCCUUGCCUCUACCACUACUACCACCUUUUCUCCACCUCCGCCACCGUCCGUCGAACCACCACCACCGCUUGCCGUCACCUUCGUCGCCGCCGUCGUCGUCGCCACCACCAUUGCUACUGCUACCACCACCACCGUCACCAUCGCCACCACCACCGCCGUUGCUGGUUCUCCAUCGGUACUUUCCAGCGUAUCUACUCCCCCGAUACCAUUCGCCUCCCCCGCGACUCCUACUGCUCUUCGCUAUUUCGCGCGUUCUCUUCUUCCCGCGUCGUUGCUCUUUCACAUUCGUCCUCGCAGUCGCCCCGACGAAGAGAGACCGACGACGCGUCGUCACCACCGAGAAACGUUCCUCGUCCUCGACGAUCGGCAUCCAUGCGCGUUUCUAAUUCGUCGUCUUCGCUGUGCUUCCCUCGAGAUCGUUUCGAUUUCAAAGCCACCCUUCGAUUCUCGAAGAUCGUUCGGCCCGAGCCUCGACUCCUCUCCUCCUUCGACUCCACCUCCACCGCCACCUCCGUCUCCUCCCCCUGCUCUUUGUCCUCCCUCUUCCAACUCGCCGCGUUCUCCACCUCUUCCUCUUCCUCGUUUCGCGUAUCGCGACCAAGAGUGUCCGGUUGUCAUGCGUCGACGGUGCUCGCGAUAAGGCGCGACCGUAUCGGAGUUGUCGCCGAUUCGCCGCGAUCGACCUGUCUCUCGAUCGUUUCGUGUCUUUUCGUCCCGGCGAGUUGCGCGGUCAGUGAUUUUCGAGACUGUAAGUGCGACGAUCCAGACGUUAAUAAUAAUCGUUUAUCGUCCUUUGUUCGUCGACUUUUACGUUGUGCGAGGUCGUACAUCGUUCGGUUAGCCGUGUGUUCCUUGGGAUACUCGAACGUCCAAGUGUCGCCGACGAAAGGAUAGAAGAGCUUCGAACAGCGGAAACCUCGGAUCGCGAGCGAUCUCGUCGACGGAGCAACGCCGAGGAUUCGAUACGGAACGCUCGCCGUCGGCGAAGUCGUCGGAUCGCGGAUAACGUUCCAUGUCUGGCUGUCGUAGCGAAUCCUGCCGCUGUACCCUGGCGUCGCAUCGACAGCGGCAGGUCAACCGCGUCAUCUUUCUGCUCGAACGUUUCCCAAAAGCAUGAGAAUCAACGCGAACAAGGAGGAUCGAUCUACCGAGCUGGUCCUGGAGAACAGGACAAAGCGCCGCGAAGGUUACCGCGAGGUAUAAGAAGCACCCGGAAUGAAGCCGCGAGUUUCUUAAUUACGCGAGAAGGAUCAGUUACGCCGGAAACAUGGAAUUCGGUUGGAGCAUGCGAAACGACGGCUGGUUGUCUUCGAUGUGCACGAAUAAAACAGAGAUACAGCCAUCGUCUUCCGUUCGUGCUAGUUGAGAGAAGAAGAAAGAAGCAGGGUGCGAUGAUAUCCGCGUACGAGUACUAAGAAACCGUGUACGCGCGUGUCGUUCUCUUCGAAACGAGUGGAAGAUCGCGAAAGAUGGUCUCGGACUUGGUCGCCGGCAAAAGUCGUCCGUUUUGUUGGUUUGCCCUUCGAAUCGGCCGAACAGAAUCUCGCGGUAUCCCGUCGCGCUAAAUAUCGACGACGAACCGAAACCCGCCGCGGAGCAUGAUCCCCCAGGAAGAACGGCGAACGAGCGCAUUUAUUUCGUCCCACCUCAGGAUUUCGGAAUCGAGGAAUUGGAACGGACACCCAAAGAGCGAUCCCCGUGUCGUAGCAUUCGAGAAUCGGUGACGAGAGUACAGAGAUCGCGAUCAUCGAAUUUCAACGAUUCAGCGAGAGUUCGUUUGCGAGACCUCGAUUUAGGAAGAAGCUUACGUAGAAUUGUCGCGGACGAAUGACUUGCAGCGACGACGUAGUCGAAGACAUCCGGUCUGAGACGGGAUAAGUGCCGAUCCUCGAGGGGUCGACGCGAAAAGAAAGAAAGGACGAAAAGAGAGAAGAGGUCGAUAAUAGAAAAUCUAGGGGGGGGCGAAGGGUGCAUCGGCGUUGCCGAUCGGCGAAAUCGGUCGUCCCGUAUUUCGAGUGACAGGUACACGAAGGGGGUGUCGGUCGCAGAUUGGAUGGUUCCGCGGGGGUUAACCCUUGGGAGGUCGAUUUGGGAGCAGCCAGAGCCGGAGCAGCAACGUUUCUACGACUCUCCGCCACCACGGAUGGACGUGAGCGUGUGCUGCUUGCCCGCCAGUGCCGGCUCGGGGGCCCAGCACCCUCAUCCAGUAAGUUUGCCUUCCGGCGGACAGCCGACGAUUCAGCCACCCUAUCAGUAUGCCGAUCAGAUAGUGCCGGAUCGGGGUCAGCCCGACGGAUUGCCGGUACUUGGUUGUACGGGCCAGGACAACUGGCAGCAGAUCUCAUCCGCGUCCAGCGUCGCCGGGGCUGUCACCGCCACUACCACCACCUACAUCGAUUACUCUUGGCUGCAGAUGCAGCAGACGUCGGACCUGGAUACGCUGCUGUGUAGACAGGACCUCGACCGGCUGCAGAAACUCGACGAAGAUGACCCGGAGAAGGACACGAGGGAGUCCUCGAUGCAGAUGGAGGAUUUCUUCGAAGUCGGGGGGCCGGUGUGUCGGCCGCAGGCGAGUUUCGUUUCGGCGAGGAGUCAACCAGCGGGCAACGACGACGACGUGUUCCUCAGGCCUCCGCUCUGGGAGGACAUCACCUCGAGUAUUCAGAAGCUGGACCCCGAGAACGCGGACAUGCUGGGCUCGCAGUCGCACAUCAAGAUGGAAACCGACGACGUCGCGUCACCGGUGCUCUCGCCAGUCGAGAUCAAAACCGAGCCGCUGCCACCGCCCCCGACAUUGCACCUUCUCGAGGCACCCGCCUCCAACCCCGUGCAGACGUUCUCGAACGGCCACCAGAACCCGCCGACCGUUCCUCAAGUCGUUCAUCAUCGGACCACCACGCCCGCCUUCAAAACCUUCCCUUCGAACAACAACAACAACAACAACAAUAUAAAUAAUAACAAUAACAACAACAACAACAAUAGUACCAAUAAUAACAAUAACAACAGUAGUAAUAAUAACAACAACGACACGACGUCGAAUCACCACGGUGGCGGGAACCAGGUCGGUGGCAGCGCGACGUCGCCCCUCUACGGCUCGAUGACCAGGUUGAUGUACAUUUCCCCGCUGACGCCGCCGAUUUCCGAUCCUGGCUCGCCGAUCGGGGCCCCACCGAGGCGGACGCCGCCACCCCCUUAUCCCCAGCCCUCCAUCAUGAAUCCUGCUCACAGGAUGCAGCAUCCAUCCAUCAACACCAAAUUCAACAGGCGAAACAACCCAGAGCUCGAGAAGCGACGCGUCCACCAUUGUGAUUUCAUAGGUUGUACUAAGGUCUACACAAAGAGUUCUCACCUGAAGGCGCACCAGCGGAUACACACAGGUGAAAAACCGUACCAGUGCCAGUGGCCAGAAUGCGAAUGGCGGUUCGCCAGAAGCGACGAGUUGACUCGUCACUAUCGAAAGCACACCGGGGCGAAGCCUUUCAAGUGCGCCGUGUGCGAGCGUUCGUUCGCCAGAAGCGACCACCUCGCCCUGCACAUGAAGCGGCAUCUCCCGAAGCAGCACGCCAAGUGACCGCGUAACCACGCGUCCAAGUCUCCGGCGUCGAGCGUCUCCUCGACCGCGUCGAACUCACCGAGCGUAUUCGCGCGCGACACGGCCCGAGAGGAGAUCCGACCGUUCAGCGUCGUCUUCUAAAACUCGACCUCGAGUUUCCGGACGAGUACCGCGCUGAUUUCGAACACGUCCCGCGCGUUCGUUUCUCGGCCCUCGGAUAUCGUUCGACGACAUACGAAUGUCGUUUCGCAGCUUGUUCUCGCAAAAAGGAGAAUCGCCGAAUAAAAAACCGGCGCCACUGCCAAACGAUCCCGUCGUUAACCUUAACGAACCGAGUGAUCGUCGAUGAAUCUUCGUAGUCUCGAUUGCUACAUUCGCACGGAGAUGGGCGAAAUUCCUAUCCGGAUACAAAUCUCGAAUAAAGCGAUAAACAGCUUUCGACGCGCUGUUUGUCCGAUCGAAACUAGAAAGUAUACGAUACGAUCAAACGUGCGGCAGCUUACAUCGAUAACCGUUGUGUUAGGUGGCUGUGUCGUUGUUACGCGUUUCGACCGUGAUGUUUCGCGACGCGAUGGAGAUGGAAAUACUUUUAAAAAUGUUCCAACGCUGUUACGAUAGAAUAUAGCAAAAGUUUGACAAAUUGCAACGUACAGGAAUACGUCAAAGGAAAAAGUAAUUGCUAUAUCAGAUAUUUAACCCUUUCGCUGCCGACGAAAAUAAGUAGCCGUUCGCUGGGAGCUGCAAUUAUGAUAUUUUUUUUUAAUGAAAAAUUUCACGAAGAUCUCACAAAUGUUCCAAUAUGAUUAUUAGACUGCGGAUCUUUAUUCAUUUAUAGGAAAUUUGAAUAUACAAGAAACUACAAAAUGGAAACAGUAUGCAAGAAUAUAAAAAAAAGAUUGAAAGCAAAGUUCAUGUUAUAAUAUUCGCAGAAUACAAUAAUUUCCUCUUUAGGUUCAAUUUUUGUAGGCACGUUCGCCAAGAUUUUAUUUUACAUAAAGAUCCGCAGUCCAAUGAUUAUUUUGAAAAACAUAUAUUUGUGGUAACUUAUUUUAUAUAGAAUACGAUUGCCGAACAAAAAGAAUGAAAUAUGUUUUCGAAAUUUAUUAUUUUUUAUGAUCAUUUCCGAAGCACUCUCCCAAACAACCCCGGCAUAUCUUGACAUGCUUCACAAUGGUAAAUGGUGUCCUUCCUUUUGACACCACCAGACCAACAUGAAUGCUUAGAUCGUACCGACUGUCUAAAAUUUAGACUCUCAAUAACCGGCUAAAAAGCCUAAGUUAAAAAAGCAAAGGACACAUGUGCGUCAUCCGCAGCGAAAGUGUUAAAUAAACUGUAACGACGUCGCUGACCGAUACUUCUGUACCACGUAAAAAUUCGAAUAAUUCUAUAAUUAUAAUUUUAUAAUGGGUUAUGCCCGUAUAUUGAAAUAAAUGAAUAACUGAAUAAAUAAAUAAAUAAAUAAUCGUAUCGAUCCCUAAUCGUUUGAUCGAAUAAAUCGCCACCCGUAUACUUUAUUUAUCGUCUACGAUUCGAAUAAAAUUCUGCCCAUCUCUGCUUGUACCGAACACGACACGGACAAGCUAAUAAAUUAUCAUUCGUACAUUGUAACGAAACGCGUGUGUAGGUACGAUCAUAGUGGCUGGACCACUAACGUCUUAGCGAGUACUCUGUCUCCGCCACGUUUCGCAAGUACCUCCUCGAUGCUAAAAUACAUUAAGGAAAGUAAUUCUCGAAUAUAAUCGUCGAGGAACUUUAAGACUUUUUCGCGCUGCGAACGUCUGUUCGCUGGUAGGAAUAGAAGCGAAAGACGGAGAAAAGGUAAACGAGGGACUAAACAAAAUACGUCUACCUUCGCAUAUUUAAUGAACCGUAGUUACGACAAAGUACACGAAUGUGUAAGUGCUAUAAAUCACCGUAGCGUUUUAAAGAGUUUUUUUGCGAUUUAACUUAAACAAAAUAUUUAUCUAAGUUAGUUCGAGAAUUCCAACCUGUAAAUCUCCCACGUACGUUCGCGAACGAACACUGUAUGUAAAUCAAAAAUUAUUAUCGAUCCGCUUUCAAUUUGCAUUCGUUAAAGAUGAUAAUAACGAUCGGAACGAUAGCUUGUUUGUAUGAAUACGUUCGACGUCAUCGUUGUCGUCGUACGCGAGCUGUAUCGAGUACUGUAACGUUCUCGGCUGCAAUUUCGGAACGCGUAGGCUUUGCGUUCUAAUUCCGCUCGUUUCAAAAUACCUGCGAUCCAUCGAAUUUAUACUUAAAAAUUACCAAUUUCAGGAUUGCGUUCAAGUUUACGACACCUUUUUAUUAAUCGAACACUAAUCGCAACCGAAAACGUUGCGAUGAUACAGCUCGCCGAGUCCGCGACGAUGAUUAAAUGAAGUCAGUAAUAAUCGUCGAGUAGCAAAACGUCGCUGACUGAACGCCGACCACUGAAACGAGCCACGUAACCGAGGCAAAAUUUUUAGUUGGCGAAGCUAGAGUAAAAGCGUCGAGAAUUUUUAUUCGGUAUGCGUCCGCUGUUUGAAAGUUUUCGGCGAUCUCGUCGCACCGCUCGACGACUCUUCCGGCUGUUGCUUAACCGUUGCACCGCACCGCGGCAUUAAUCAUCCUUUCGCGGAUCGGUAAAGGUUUAUUUAGACUGCUAAGUGCCUACGCUUCCAUCGCGUUUUUCAAAUCCGUCCGUACGGAACGAAACUUCGAAUGCUCUUGAAAUUCGUAAUUUGCAUUCGAUACCGGUUUGCGUGCGCAGCGUAUAAAUUGCCAAGUAAAAAAUUCCUCGGCUCGUGCGAGCUCAGCGACGGGGAUACUGCGACGAAAUUUUCGAUCCUCUGAAACGGAAAGCGACGUAAGAAUAAAUAUAUAUAUAUAUAUUUUUUUUUUCGGGUGCUGUCACGGGUACAGUGGCCACUGUGUUAUUUCACACCGUCGGAUACGAGAGCGUUAAACGAGGGAGUGUCGCGCAGACGUGGGCAAGUGUAGACGAUAAAUUAUCCAGAGAGAGUUAGUCUAACGUUCUAAAGUUCUUCUGUUGAUUUAUGUAUCGGGUAGGUGCAUAAGUAAUGGCCUUAUUUCGAAUUAAAAUUUGCGUGCAACGGGAAUGUUACACGGUGAAAUAUUGCGCGUCGUUCGACAAGAGACUUCUUCGUUUUUACGAUAGAUUCGAUUCGAGUUGAUUUCGCUUGCGCUCGUUUGCUUUCGACGCUCUCCGCGACGAGGAUCGGUCGAGAUCGAUACUAGAAAUGAAUGAAUAUAUCGUGAUGCCUUAUGUACAAAUUCGUGUAGAUACGUAUACAGGGUGUCUACGUAUAAGUUCGGACAUACGCAGGGUGUCAAUUCCACAACUUUCCAACAAAAAAUUAGUCAUAGACAUUUUCUCUGUGUCGCAUUAUUCUCAAAUAUUUUCACUUUUAAUUUUUUUUCUGUGUUUUCGACGUGACACUCUUUGAACGACCAAUAACUCUGCAUUUAAACGUCAUUUUCUCCCUAAAACACCACCGUACAAUUUUUUGUUGACAAUACGGUCCAAAAGCUGAGACCUCGAGAAAGUUUCUCCCGAAGAGUGCUCGUCAGAAAACUAUGUCUUUGAAACCGGAAAACGAGUACAGAAAAUGUCGAAUUUUUUACAAUUUUCGCAAUGUAAAGUUUGAUCUAAUUUUUCACUUGUUAAAUCUACGUAAUAAAUUUUGGUUUUCCAUCAGGGAGAUGGGAAAUGUAACGCUCUAUCGAAUUGUAUACUUAGUUUUAAGUUUACACUAUACUUUAGUUUAGUUUAGUGGUGUAAAGAUUGUCAAGUCGAAAACGCAGAAAAAAAUAUUAAAAGUGAAGAUUCUCGAGAAUAAGGCGACGCAAAGAAAAUGUCCAAGAGUAACUUUGUGUUGGAAAUUUGUUGUAGAAUUGACACCCUGCGCAUGUCCGAACUUAUACGUAGACACCCUGUAUAGAUGUACGUGUAUGUACGUGUGCGUUCGCAGAGCUGGGCAACGGGAACAACCGAGAAAUAAAUAAUCUAACCGUAUCUGUUCGCGUAUUAUAAAAUAAAAUACGUCAUUCGAUUGUACUCGUUACCCGUUGGUUCGAAUGAAACGUUGCCCGUCUCUGUGUACAAGCGUACGCGCGUGCACAUGUCUAUGUACAUAUAAACGUACAUAUUAUUAUUUAGAAACCGUCACGUCACGCGUUCGUCGCGACUGACAGGUUCGUGCACUUGUGUGUGUGUACACGUGUAAAAUAUGAUACAUAUCCAAUACAUAUGUAGUUAGUGUAAUAUUAUCUGUAUAAUAACGUUCGAUUUUAAUAUUCGGGUCGGCGGAGGGUUGCGUUCGUCGAUCCACGAUUUUACCGAUCACUUUAUUUACUUCUUCGAGAAUGUAGUGCUUGUAACGCAUAGCGAUAUACGAGAAAACGGCGAGUCGACUUUUAGUCUUGACUUGGAAAACAAAAUAGACUUUCGCGCGAUGAUUCAACGUCCGCACUCUUUUGUUUCUGGUCACGUUGUUUUUCUUCUUUUCGUACUUCGAAGCGAUUCGAACGACUGAAGAUGCGCCGCGAGUAUGGGACAAGUUGGAUCGUCCCAGCGUUGGGUGUCUCGUUAACGUUUCAUUUUCAUUAGAAACAUGGAAACGCUCGUUGCUAAUUGUCCCUUGUUUAACUCGACGAUUCGUCGACGCAUUCGCUGCCCAACUCUGGCUCGAUCGACGCGAUCGACCAUCCCGAGCGCGACAGGCCAAAAAUUUCACGCGUGGAUCAACGCUUUGCAACGUAAUCGACGAAGCGCCACGGUUAUUUUUUAACGUUAGCGAAAAGUAGAAGACAGAAAGACGCGUCGAUAUGGAUCUAUUUAUCACCUCUGUUCGUUCUAGUUGCGAUACAGUUCACCUUUUCACGUCACGGAAGGUCUCGGAGACAGAUUUCUCUUUCUGUGAGAAUUUUUUUAUUCAACGAUCCCUUUUCUUUCGGCAAGUUGACUCAUUCGCGAAUUAGAUGGCAAACAGUAGGCUCGUAUUAGCGCCUAUGCGAAGACGAUAAUUUAAUUAACUAAUUAGUAAUUCGUUUAGUUUCUCGUUUGUUUUUUUUUCAGAUAAAUAGUUAAACAAGCUUCGCGACUUUCCGUGCCGCUUUUCUUUAUUUUCUCGGCACACUUCUCCAACCUCCGACGAAACCUUUGGUUAGUUCGCCCGCUACGUCGAUAUUAAUCUUAACGCAGAUAUACCUCAUUUACGGAAAUAGAAAAUCGAGCGCACCCGCGACGAAAUUUUCACGUACUCUUCCUACACGAUUUCCUACAAUUUUGUUCAUAAUGUUUAUAAAACACUGUAAUUUGUGUGUUGUGUAAUUUAAAUAUACGACGUAUGUGUAUGGAUAUACGCAUAUGUAUUCAC